AUGCAAAUGCACAAGCAACAGAAGGAAAAAAAAAAAAAAAAAGAGGGAACCCCCGCAAAGGGAAGGGGUUGUAAUGCUUUGAUAAUGGCAUUCCACAUCAGAGCGUACACUCUGAUGGCGGCACCCUUCUUGAUUUCCGUCUCUGCCGCCGGUGCGGUGCUUUUAGCACGCGUGUUUGUGAGGAGACGUUCGAGAAAUGCGGUGCUUUUGGUUUUGGAGGCGCGGGCGUACGAAAUUAUUGAUGUUUUUGUAAAAGCCGCGAGUGGCAGCACAGACGACAUGCCUGAGCGGGAGGAGGAGGGGGCAUGUGUUGAGGUAAAACUAAACUGGAAAAACGCGAAGCUGCUGCGUGUUCCUGCAUUAUUCUUUGACGGUGGCCAUUUGGACAUUAUGGACCUCUUCGAGGUGUACAGCGGCCUUUUGAGGAACAAAAGUUCCGAUGAGCUUCUUAUUUGUGACUCGUGGAAUUGUUUGGUAGCAAUCGUGAGACAUCACCUACGGCGUCAAUUGAAGGAGGAUAAUGCCCUGUUGCUUGACGAAAUGCAGGCAGAAGGGCUUCUUGCCGUCUGCAUUUUGCUGCGGCGGAGGUACGACAUAAAGAAAUCGUCAUUAUUGUUGAACAGUUCCCCAUUGGUGGAAAAUUUUCCGGAGGGGCUUUUUCAACUUUUUUUGAGUGCGUACCGUAAAAAAAAGUCGACCCGAUUGGGACUACUUUCUUUUUUAAAACUUGUUUGGGGGUCCUGUUCCACACGACAAUUGAUUGGGUUAAUUUGUGUCUUGUUGCUUUCGCCGGAUGUUAUUCUUAUGGCACUUGUUGGAUGGCACACGGACAUGCAUUGGAUGUCAGUGUGCGUCACCGAAAUUGAGAAAGCGUUAACUCCAGAAUCGGUGUCAUGCGAGAACUCCUUUUUUCAAUUUGUUAAGGGAAAUUUCUUUGGUGCAACCGGGGCGCUUGUAGCCAUUGCGGUUAAUUCCAUUGGUCCAAUUGAACUGAUUUAUUGCCUUCGGAACCUUGUCACUAGCUAUAUUUUAAUGGACCUUGUCACGGCGUUCCACGUCAGCGCCUACUUGGAGCUUGCGACUGCAGACUAUAACCCUGACGAUAACUGGUCGCUAUCGCAGAGUGUUUUAAAUGCACUUUGGCAAGUCUCAAGUUUGGUGAUGGGUGAACUACAGAGCCAAUUGCCUUUCUUGACGCAAUUGUUCUGCAGCGCCUGGGUUGUGAUGCGCUUUCCCGUAAUGGCGCUGACUAUUUGGUUGGGUGCUCAGUGGAGUGACCUUGUGGAAUUUCUCAAUGAAUCACUCUACUUAGAGUCUCAGUACGCCAAGCGCCAUUUACUCUCACUGGAUGGCUUCCCCCAUCAGGAAGAAGGGGAAAGUCGUAACGAAAAGAAGGACUUUGAAGAAGGGCGCAUGCUUCUUGACGGCCAACUAAAUUUUCCGUCACCCAUCAGUUUGAUAAUGAAGACAGGCGAUUUUUUUGUGGGCAAUAAUAACGCCGCAGGAGGAAGACGGAACUCAUUUUUUCAGCUACAGACUGUUGCUCCAGCCGGCAUGCGGCAACACCACGGCCUAGCCGUCCUCCUACUUGUUUUUUUGGAGUUAAAAUUGAUCUCGAAACCGUCUUGGAACUGCAUCUUGCAGAAUGCAUCUUGGCCAAUGGCCCCUACAGCGCUUGUGAGGCACAUUGUUUACACCUUGGAAAAGGCUUUAUUAUUUGAAACUAAGACAGCAAACCCCCAAAGAAUUCAAGGGGUGAAGGCAGUCAUGCAGAUCAUGUUGUGUAUGAGGGAAGGAAUUUUUGAGGCUCGCAGCGGCUCACGAUACGUUGCGGAAUAUCAUCAGGGAUUUAUGUUUUUUCGGCAGAACGGCAUGGAGUUAGGGGUAGUCAAGGCUGUUGUUGAGACUCCUUAUGGGAGUAGAAAUGACAAGAGGGAAUAUUUUAUUCGUGAUUUUCUCCGUGGGGUAUUUCGAACAACUUCUGCGAUGCCACUACUUCUUACCUCAAUUGCAACGCUUUGUUCUUUGAAAGCGUACCUUGAGCAAGAUGCGCUGGAGCAAAGCGGCGUCAUUUCGCAUUUGGAGUUUAUUCAACAUGCAUUUCCUCUUUUUCCCACUUUUGCCGAUUUGUUUUAUGAGGAACACGGCCUUAGUGCGGCGCAGGUUGACCUGGCGCGUGUCCAGCGACAAUUAACUCUAAGCGGAAGCUCGCUUGGGUGUUAUCAGGUGCUGGAGGAGCUGCAGUUUGUGCAGCACAAGAUUGAUCGCCCCAUUAUGGAUCCCCCACCAUUGAUGGAGGGCCCGUGGAGCAUUGAGUUUCACGAUGUUUCGUAUCGGUACAGCGAAGACAAACCUUAUAUAUUAUGGCACGUUUCGUUUAGGGUCGAGAAGGGGUCAUUUCUGGGCAUUACCGGGUACAGUGGGGCGGGAAAGACAACAAUCUUGCGUUUGUUAAAUGGGACUUAUGCGCCCACUUUGGGGGAAAUACGAAUUAACGGAAUAGAUAUCCGCCGUUAUCCUGCCCGAAUGCUCCGGAGGAGAAUAGCAAAUGUUUGGCAGGAGGAGAGUCAGCUGCGGUUAUUUGAUCAUCUUUCUAUUGCAGACAAUGUAGCAUUCGGAAAUCUUUGGUCAUGUUCUGUGACAGACAUUUACGGUGCCUUGUCUGCAGCACGGGCUUUGAAUUUUGUGCAGAACCGAUCUUCUAACAUCUUUGCACCACUGCGUGCCCAGGAGUUUAGUGGUGGGGAGGUGGAGCGCCUUUGCAUUGCUCGAGCGCUCAUGAGAAAAAGCUCGGAAGUGUGCGUUUAUGUUUUUGACGAGGCGACGAGUGCAGUGGAUACGGAAACGGAGCGGUCGGUUUUUUGCUUUCUUGGAUUGACCGGGGAAGCCAAGAGAACGCGUCAAACAACAUGUGUUAUUGUUUCGCAUCGCCUUGCAACGUUAAAAUCGGCAGAUACGGUUCUUGUUCUCAACGAUGGAAGAGUCGAACAGCUUGGAUGCUGGGAUGACCUGUGCAAGGGCAAAGCCGAUUCUUGUUUCUUACGAAUGAUGCGGUCACAACAGUUGCCAUUGUUUGAUUCAUAG